AUGGCGGCGGCGCUACUGUUGGCUUUGGGCUUCGUGCUCCUGGGCGGCCAGGGCGCCUGCGCGGCGGCGGGCACCAUCCUAACCUCCAUCAACGGCGACGGCUCCAAGACACAUCUUACGUGCUCUCUGAACAGCAGUGGCGUCGACAUCGUCGGCCACCGCUGGGUGCGAGGUGGCAAGGUACUUCAGGAGGACACGCUGUCCGACCUGCAGAUGCAGUACACGGUGGACACAGAGGACAGCUCUGGGGAGUAUUCCUGCAUCUUCCUUCCUGAGCCCGCCGGCAGGGGCGACAUCCUUGUGGAAGGACCACCCCGGAUCAAGGUCGGGAAGAAGUGGGAGCAUUCCAGUGAGGGAGAGAGGGUGAUACUGGUCUGCAAAUGCGAUUCAUCCCACCCUCCUGUCCCUCAGUGGACCUGGUUUAAGACCUCUGACUCUGGGGACCAGCGGAUCACCAAUGGCUCUGAGAGCAAGUACGUCGUGAUAUCCACAGCCGAGAGAUCUGAGCUGACCAUCAGCAACUUGGACAUAAAUAGCGACCCUGGCACCUACAUUUGUAACGCCACCAACUCCCAGGGCACUGUCCAGGAGAGGAUCACGCUGCGUGUGCGAAGCCGCCUGGCUGCCCUCUGGCCCUUCCUGGGCAUCGUAGCCGAGGUCCUGGUGUUGAUCAUUAUCAUCGUCACUUAUGAGAAGCGACGGAAGCCCGACCAGAUCCUGGACGAGGAUGACCCUGGUGCCGCCCCACUGAAGGGCUCCUCCUUAUAUAUGAUUGCAAUCCAAGACAAGUCUGUAAGAGAGAGAUCAUACCCAGGAUCUUGA